AUGGAAUAUCCAAUUAAUGUUUACCAAGUAAUGGAGGAAACAGUCACACAGAGCGACGUUGGCAGAGUGUAUGGUGUUCAGAACAUGUACCAGGACAUUGCUGAAGUCGAUAGUAUGUGGUUUGAGAAGGAGCUUGCCAAGUUGGAGUGCACCUCUGCGACGUUCAUUCACAAGAUCCGAUCUGGCGGAGAGCUACCGCUGACGCGGACUCAACUAGCAGACUUCAAGAGGUUCUUAGCCAUCAUGAUGUACAGGGGGGAGCACCGGAGGGAGCAGUAUUACGAGUGUAGGUUCGACGUUAGGACGCUACUAUCAGUUCGGAAACAUAUGUUUCAAAACAACAUUGAAAGAGUUCAAGACGUGUGGUUCGAGAACCUCAAAUGGAUCAUCAAGACCCCUCAUGAUGAAAUCAUUAAGGAAGGCACAAAAAUCAUUCCCUUGAUUCCAAUGAAUAAAUACAAUGGGCCUAUCCACAUCGCGGAACUUCUGGACUAUUAUCACAUGAUGUGCAACUACAUGUGUGUUUGGCAAGCAGAAGAAGGGUCUGAAUUUAUCCUAACCGACAAGUGCUUUGGUGCGUUCGAAGGCGAGAAUGGCAUUCACUUCCACAAUUUCUAUGUUGUGUCUCCGAAAUAUAUGGUCGUUCUUGUGAACCGUCUUUACAUGUGGGACCUUGUGAAGACCAUGGGUCUCCGGAAGUCGUGGUUUGGGGAUGAGCUCCAUGCCAAUCCAGAUGUUAUCUAUACGAAAAAGGCUAUGAGAGGUGCGGAAGACUUUACUCCAACAGACGUGUUCAAAUACAAAAGGAUUGUUGUCUCAAAAGAGAAGGUGUAUCUCUGCAACAGUAUCUUCUUGGAUGCAAACCCCAAUUAUAUAACAUACAAAUCCGAUAUCUCCAUGUACAAGUCCUUAAGAUACUACGACAAAACUAAAGAAGAUCUGUUCACCUUCAAAUAUGAUUACCAUGUCCUGAAGCGCAAAGUAUUAGCCAAUCUCAAGGCAGAGAUGAACAGGACACAUUGUUUCUGA